AUGGCAAACAUUUCAACAUUCGAGCACUUACCCAAUGAAUUAAUUAUUGAUGUUUUCACAUAUUUACAACCAGCACAAAAUUUUCACUCGUUUUUUUAUUGCAGUCAACGCUUUCGAAAAUUAAUCAAACAAUAUGUCAAUUACAGUCGUCAUGAUCUCGAUAAAGACAUCGUUCGAUUCUCAACAUUACACAGUUGGUACAAACACUUAACAUAUGUCAAUGGUGGAACAACUUUCUUUUUGAUUGCAUGCAAGGGCGAACAAGACCAAUAUAGUUAUUCUCCAUGGAUGUGUGUUUAUGAUAGUAUCCAUUGGCAUUUUAGAGAAGAACCCUUUACACUAACUGACAAGAGAAUCGAAGAAAUUAGCAAGAAAUAUCCAGUGAAACUCACUCCAUCCUUCCAUCCUUUUUCAGUUUGUGUUCGCUCAAGCAACUGUGCCGCUCUUGACUUCAUACAACAAUAUCAUCUAGAGCAGUAUGAGAUUCUGGCGAAGAUUCUGGAUCUGUAUAAAAUUGUAUCAUGGUUCAAGGACGAGACUCGCGCUGUAUUAAAAGUUGCUCACGAAAAUGAAUUCGAACGUUUGAAAAAAGUGAUUCACCAAGCAGCUGAAUCAGUAUGGAAGGAGAUACAAGAACUAGAGGAUGUGAACAUCUUGAGUGUAGAAUAA